AAAGCAUAGAAGCUUGACAAAGCGGAGGUAGCAGUCAUCUUUCUACGUAAAGCCUCCUCCUGGGAAUAUAUCCCCGGUAUGGCCGACGAAAGCAAGCCCGUGAAAGUUGUGCACAGUUGGUGGAUGAUUUUUUGGACGUGGGCAAUGCAACUAUACUUUGUACUAUACAUCAACACACUGCGAUGGAUGCUAUCACUUCUGCUCGUACUCACACCCACUCUGUGGGGUCCGCGAUUAUGGUUUGCUCUCCUCGGCGCCAGCAUGACCGAGCAACCAGUUUAUCUAGGUGACACUGUUAUGAACACAAUGUCACAACAGGAUUCUGACGGUCAGUGCAAGACCUGGACGGAAAAACGAGAAGCAAUCUUAAACUCAGCUUCCAGUGCCUCGGGAUGGUACGGUCCUGGUGCUUAUCUCGCCUGGUUAAUAACCGCCUAUGCCACAGCUCUAUCCACAAUAUGGCAUUCUAAAUGUUCAGAGGGACAUCCAGAUGUGAAUAAACUCGACGCAGAGAUCCUCCUCACCAUCGGCUAUCCUCUAGUCGCCCUCGGCGAUGUUUUACUCCGUCUGGUACGAUGUCAGAUCGACCCCGGGAUGACCGCUGCUGUAUUUGUGCUCGUGUCAACACUGACUGUCAUUGGACCUCUGACCAGAUUAUCAUGGCAGGAAGACGGCGUGGAGGUCGAGAUCGAUCCGCCCAAUUUCCCUAGGACGGUGAAAGAGUGGACGUGGAAAACCUUCCGCUUCCUCUGUCAUACUGUCGUCUAUGCCAUUCUUUUUGAACCGUAUCUUGAGUCUCGGGUCAUGCUGGCCGUUUAUGUACUCCUGUUUGUGACGGUGUUGUACUCUGGGAUUUACGGGGAGGCUCGAUUCGACAAGUAUCCGUACCGGCGGAUUGUCUAUCGGCCGAGGGGAGAGCGGAUGGUGGUUUUUUGCGUCGUACAGCUUGUUUUUAAUAUCGUGUUAUUCUCGGUUUCCCGUUCUGUCUGGCCGAAGACUGAUGCUAGUCUUCUGGAUCUGGAUCAGGCCGCGGGUGUAUUCCUUACUACAUCGACGUUGGUGUAUUCCCGGCGAGAGGGGAUUAUGGCGUUUGUGAAAUGGUUGAGAUGUAAACGGUCUACUGUUGAGGUACUGUCAGAAUCUUGAUCCGGGUGCUGUAGUGUAGGGCGAGGAUGAUCGAAACCAUUGAUAUGCUUCCCAUUGGCAGAUGAUUGAAGGGUCGGGUUAGUCAAGUUAGUGA